UUAAUGAAUGGAGAUAGAAGUAAGUGUUAGAUAUGGCGACGUACACGGAAUAUAAUCAAGCAAGUUCCGUGGAUUCUUACAGAAAUACUCCGAAACAGAAUAUUUCUUCUGGACGACCAAACUCUUCAGAGACUCAUGUUAGUUUUAAUCAUAAAAAUAAAGAAGAGGAAAAAGACAAGCGUCAGAAAUAUUUGACAGCUAAGUAUGGACAACACCAAAUGAUGUUGAUUCGCAAAAGAUUAGCAGUGGAGGACUGGCUUUAUGAUAAGUUGAGAGAGCUCCACAACUGCCAGGAGGACAAUGAAGACCAUGACUGCAACUUAGAUCUUGAGGACGUUUUAAAUCUUGACACAGACGUAGAAAGAAGGGAAUAUGCACAGAAAGAGCUGGUCACUGCACGGGUACCCAGGGAGGAAGUAGAGAGAUUUAUAGAUGAGCUGAUAAAGAAGUCAAAAACAUUGUAAAGAACUGUACAUCUGGUCUCAGUGUGUUAGUGAGUGAAUGCAAGGCAGUGGAUUUAGUACAUGUAUCAGGGACUUCAUCAAACUUUUUUGCAACAGGGAUUUUUUAAGCUGUCCAACUUCUGACAGACACUGUACACAAUGUUUUACUUUCAGAAAGAGCCAGCUGAUGUCUGACUUUUGACAGACACUGUACACAAUUUUUACUCUAUUCAGCAUGCUUCUAGAUGUAGUGUACUGAACUUUUGAAUUUAAAAAAAGGUUUUUUAUUUAUUUUCUGAAGAAUUAAGAUAAGCCAUGUAAUGUUUGUUAGUAAUUUUUGAAGUAGAUACUAAAGCCAUCCACAAAUAAAUGAUAUCAGUAUUAAUUAAUUGUUACAUCAUUAAUAGACAGUUUAAUACUUGAAAAAUAUACAAUCAUUUAGAUGAAUUUGCUUCCCAAUGAUAUAAAUUACAUUUAAGGUGUUUGUAGAAGAUAAGGUACAGAAAUUUAUUUUUGUGACUUAAAUGGAGUUUUCAUGAAAUUUUCAAAAGGAUGCUAGGUACGUGCUACAGCUUUGAUGCUUUUUGAAUACAAGUUGUUGAGUUAAAAAAAAAAUGGGUGUUUAAAAAUUAAAAUACGUGUGGAAACAGAUAAAGGGUUCAGGCCUAUAAGUCAUGUAAUAAUUGUUUGCAUGUCUGUUGUAGUGACAGAAUAAUAAGAACAGUGCUGCAGAAUAAGGAAGAGAUUGUUUACUAGAUUGUGUGUGUCAACUAAAUUUUAGAUUUUUAUUUCCUCUAAUUAUGAUGUACAUUUUAAUUUUUUUUUUCAUUGGCAUUUAAGAUCACUUGUCAUGUAUAUAUACCUCAAAUUUCAUUUGAAAUCCCUCCAACUUUUGGACUGAUAUAAAGCUCUUUCUGUAAUUUUUUUGAACACUUAUGUUUUGUUCUAUGUUUUUAGCUAUUGUAAAAUGUAUGAAUUUUUAAGCGUACUUGUACACUUUUAUGAAUACAAUGAGUCCUUUGAUUAAUGUCCAUUUUAAUUCAUCUCCUCACAAAAAAAUUGUCCCUCCCCUUCCCCCAUACCCUUUGAUUUUAUUAUCAUUUGUAUCCGUAUGAUUUAUUAAAUAGGGCACGUUUAUAUUAUCCUGUGAACAACCCUGUGAUGGUUUAU